ACACACACACACACACACACUUGUUUGCGAACUCAAACUUGCGGACCAUAGGAGGAUAUAUCUCUGUUUCCGACGGAUCCGAGGACCACAGUUUGAUUUGCUUCUUUUUUUUUUCUUCGGUGAAACUUUGCGUCGUGACCACAGGAUACUUUUUACGCACAGUUAUUUAAGUCUCAAAAAGGACGAUGCCUCGAUCUUUCCUGGUCAAAAAGUACUUCGCUAAACAAAAGCCAAACUACAGUGAACUGGAAUGUCAGAAUGACACUUCAUUGGAGAGGUAUCCUCUUGCUGAGCUCACAUCAGGAGACAACACCUCUACUGCCACCUGCUUCACAACAGGCCUGGUGUGGGACCUCAGUGUCCUGCCCGCCCUCUACCUGCCCACCUCCCAAGCAGAGCCCUCUGCCACCACAGGCCCCCUAGACCUCAGCUCCCCGUCCAGCCUCAGUAGCAGUGCCAGCAGCAGUGGAGAGGAGGAUGAAGGACGCACAUCAGACCCCCCCAGUCCCGAACCCGUACACACGUAUGCCCCUCGCCAGCGGAUGAAAUGCACUGGCGUUAUGACCCAUGUCAGUCCCCCGGAGGAGGAGGAGGAGAGAGAGGCCCCCGCCACAGCAGCCAGGCCAGCCUUCCUCUGCAAACACUGCCCCAAAGAGUACACCAGCCUGGGGGCUCUGAAGAUGCACAUCCGCUCACACACCCUGCCCUGUGUGUGCACCACCUGUGGAAAGGCUUUCUCCAGGCCCUGGCUGCUGCGUGGCCACAUCCGCACACACACAGGUGAGCGUCCCUUCUCCUGCCCCCACUGCAACCGGGCCUUCGCUGACCGCUCCAACCUGCGGGCUCAUCUGCAGACCCACGCCGAAGUGAAAAAAUACCAGUGUGGCGUCUGCUCUCGCACCUUCAGCCGCAUGUCGUUGCUGCAGAAACACAGCUCCUCAGGGUGCUGCUCCACCUCGGUGUGAGACUUAAUGGAGAGAGACAGAGGGACCUGCUCAGAGCUCAGGUCAGUGGAGGGCUAGUGGACACAGUGAUGGGGUCUACAUACGCCCAGCUGGCCUGUUGAUGACCUAUAAGGCCACAAAGAGCGUGAAAUGGCCUGUUUUGAGAGACCUGGAAGGGAUCAAGCCUCAUUAUGGCUCUGACUUCUAUGCCUCUUAACUUCUCUGUUCCAUUAAAAAAAACAGCUGAGGAGCAGAUUUUUUCUUCCACUCUAGACUGAAGUCUUGAGGCUGGACCAAAUCUGAGCAAUGCCGACACUCACUUGAUAUCAGCCCCUUUGUUGCUAUUGUGCCCAUUCCAAAGACCAAAUAUGUAGUGAACUCAUAGGGGUAAGAGGUGUUCUUUCCUGUCUCUGUCCUGGUGCCGGCCAACUCAGGAUCAUGGCCUAGACACAGCUGCUGAGAGGUAGGGGUGCGUGGGUGGAAUAAAUCUCUCAGCAUGCCUCAAACACAUACACACGCACACACACACACACACACACACACACACAAAAGCAAAUGCACACACAGCUGUCCCUGGUACUGUGGUGUAGAUAGACGAGGUGCUAACAGGUGCUACAGCCAUGACCUUCGCCGGUUGAUAGCAGGUGACUUCCACUGCCCUUGGUUUGCUUAAGAAAAAAGAGGAAGCAUGUCAUCACAAAAGAAUGGCAUCAGUUAGUCUUUUUCACCAGUGGGGAUCCUUUAAAGCCUCUAUUUUGACUACAUCCAAACCUCCUCUUUAAUCUGAUGGGUUUCAGAGAUAGGAAAAGCCGUUGUGUCUGUUAUUUUCCAAAGAAGCUUCACUUUGCAGCUCCCCUGCAACGUGGAUGACAAUGUAAGCCAUGCACUCAAGGUUACCGCAGUGUUAAUAAUACCAGCCAAAGCCAUAUUUUGUAACUUAAAGUGAGUGAGUUUGUGCCUUGAAACUGUGUUACUUUUGAAACCAAAAAUGUGCCUUUCUUUUUUUUUUUUUUUUUUACCUCAGUAUUUGUGGCUUUAGA